AUGGAGAUCAGCUCCCUCUCCAAUUUCCUUCUCUCUCACACUUCUCCUUCUCCUAACCCUAAUUCAUCAGAAUUUGAGUUCCAGAUGUCCUCCUCCUCCUCCUCCUCCUCCUCCUCCUCCUCCAUCUUUCAGCACAGUGAGGCUUCUUCAACUUCCCCAGCUGACGAGCUUUUCUACAAAGGCAAGCUCCUUCCUCUUCACCUUCCUCCCCGUCUUCAAAUGGUCCAACAGAUCCUCCAAAAUCAACAAGAUCAUUCUUAUUUAUCAGUAAGUUCUGAUUCUGUAAAUGAUUCUAUCUCCAAUAGAAGCCCAAUUAAUAGCCAGAAAGAUUAUGGCUUUGAUGGCUUCUAUAGCUCUCCUCCCUUGACAACUUCAUACUCAACACCAGUUACAGUAACUCCAUUUGAAUCCCCCAAAGUCUCACUCCAUGAGUCUUUUCGAGUUACGGGUCAUGAGAUGCUUAACCCAGAAGAAGAAGAUCGUGAUUUUGUGGACAUUGCUGAGAAAAACCAGAAAAGAUGA